AUGAAAUUGAAUACCGCAAUUAAUUAUCAACAACAAACAUUCCAAAUCAUGAACAAUACUGAUGAGAUGCUUCUUCUCCAGCGAUACAAUUAUCUUUCCGAACAAAUAACUAAAUAUAUCGGUACGUUUCUGUAUGCGAUUUGCUUACUCGGUACAAUUAUGAACAUCGGAACAUUUCUUCAGCAAACCUAUCAUAGUCGUGCUUGUUCGCUCUACCUUCUUAUGGCAUCAGUAUGUGACUUAUUCCAUUUGAAUCUUGAUCCUUUAACAAAUAUCCUUCAAUACGGUUUUCAUUAUGAUUGGACGAUAAAUAAGUGGACUUACUGUAAGACGAAAAGUUACUUUGCUUAUGUGUUCACAGUUACAUCAGGAACAUUGACAACAUCUGCAAGUAUAACGCAAUAUUUUCUCAGUUCGGAGAACAAUUCGCAUUGGUAUUACGCGCGUCGUCAUAUUGGUAUUCGUUUUAUAAAGAUUAUCCCUGUUUUUUGGUUUAUCAUCGGCAUUCCAGUAUUUUUUUGUUCGACACGUUUCUAUCACCCAUUCCAAAACAAUCGUUAUAUCUGUUCGAAUCCGGCGCGACAUAUCGCAUGUUAUACGAUACGAUUGAUCUAUGUUUGCAUUCUAAAUGGAUUCUUGCCGCCCUUUAUCAUGAUGAUAUUCGGCUUUCUCACGCAUAGAAAUAUUCAUAAGCGUCAUUUACAUUUGAAACGUCGAUCCAUUCGUAUUCGACAAAUUAAUCAACAGCUGACCUCAAUGUUGAUUCUUCAAGCAAUUAAGUCGACCAUUGCAUCUAUCCCAUAUUCUAUAUUCAAUUGCUAUUGGUUAAGCACCAUACACAGUCCGAAAUCGCUAUUGCUACAAGCAAAAGAAAAUCUCAUUCAUCAAUUUUCGUAUCUCCUUUUCUGGAGUAAUUAUACAAGUUUUCUUAUCUAUCUCUGUUCAUCGGAUAUCUUUCGGCAUCAGUGUAUAAAAGUGUUACGGAAGACUUGGUGCUGUUUCUAUGGAACUGAUCAACAACAAAAUCAUAAUGAAAGACAGACACAUGUUCAACUUAUGUGUAGAACGAAGGAACAGUUGUGA